CGAGGACACAUCAAUCAUCCGAAGCAGUCGCGACACCACGAUACGACUUCCGGCCUCUUCUGGAACGAGACUGUUGUCGUCACGCCAUCACGACCCGUGUCCUCGCAGAUUCAUGAGUUUGUCCAUCGAUCUGUCGGUGGACCUCCUCGCCAGGAGAGUGAGACAGGCGUUGAUGCUCUAGAGACGAUGGCUAUGCGGUGUCUGUUGAACCACUUGGAUAUGCUGGAGGUGGAGAGUCUGGAGCCUUUGCCGGAGAUGAUGUUGAAGAGGAUUUGGCGGGACAUCUCAAAGAACGACCUCCAGUCCUUACAUCUCUGGCAAACAUUCACAAAAAUUUCUCCCUCCUCUCCGCCGACACCAACCUACAAAACAACAACUCAACACCAUCUUCCACUCUCCCUCCUCGUUACACCAAUCUCUGCCUCUCCACUCCAAUACCUGACUUCGCUGACCCUCAUCACCACUAUCGGAGACUCAAGCUCAUCAAUCAAUGUCCUAUCCACUCUACCCAAUUUGGUCUCUUUACACAUCGUCGGCAGCUCCUCAUCCACAAAGCAAACCUCCAUGAUCACCGACGACACGACAAGAUCCUGGAACAAGAAAGCAAAACACAGCUCUGCAUUCCCCUGUCUGAAAGUGCUGUUUCUACGAUUCCAACCAGGAAUCACGGAACUUGCAUUGGAUAAACCGAGUGGGAGGAAUUAUUUGGAUGUGGUGAAUGAAUAUAUCACCAGCGCCUUGACCUCAUCCUCUCCCUCGCCUUCAAGCCCGUCGCUACCUCUAUCUCUUAUCCAACUGGGUCGCCAGCCUCCGACCGCAUCAACGAAUAUACUCUUCACAACAAACGAAAUAGAAUGUUGGAUCAGAGACGACGAGCAAAGCAGAGCGAUAGAAGCAGAGAGAAAGAAACGAAUACAAAGAAAAGGAAGACGCAAAACAAGAAAACGGAAAGAAAAGAAGGAAGAUCAAGGAAGCGAAAAGAAGGGAUUUGUUUCAGCUUUUGGAAGG